AUGGAUUCGCAAGUUAGCGUCACGCUACAUCCACGAGAACUCCUCCGAGAAGUCGCCCUUUCGAUGAAUAGACGCUACGAUAAUCUUUCAGUCACGAUCCCUAUUCGCACUACAUGGCGGGCGGCUAUCCAAGCCGCCGAAGCUGCUCUUGGGGAUAUCGAUGAGCCAUUCCUAGCAAUGCCUCCGGGAACCGGAAGCCGUCGACAACUUCGAGAGAUGGCCCUCCAGUCAACGCCGUCGGAUUCGCCUUUGGAACGUGGCCUUGGGCUACCGAUCCGAUCGAAUGUUGAUAUACGAAUGGUUCAACCUCAUCCGCCUCCAACAGAAUCAGCCCGUCAGCGUUUACGCGAGAUGGCUCGCGAGGCCGCACAAGAGGACUUUCGACAGCCGUACAUCUCACUUCGAGCGGGACUGAUCGACGGACACAUUCCCACAGUUCGUGGAAUACUCGUCUUGCAGGGUGUUGACGGCCAACCCGAUGACCCCAGCUACAAAGUCGAGACAGAUAUGAUAUUUGAUACGGGAGCCCAUCGGACCAUUAUCGCAGAAGACCUCCUGUCGGAAGAGUUCCGACAACAUCUGAAAGAACCAGUUUAUGAUCCUUAUCGAUCGACGGGUGGGUUGGUCGUCCAGGUUGAAACCAGAAUUGCUCUGUCGGACCACCCGGUUCUCAGUCAAGCUGUGGCGUGUGUCGUACCCACUUCGCAAAUGCCGAACGAGCGGGUAGGCGUCCUAUUUGGUCAAUCUUCAUGUAUUGACAGGUUUAACUUGCGAUUGAUUCCCCGACGUAUCCUAGAGGCCAAGGGUGAGGAGAUCUCGGGAGGGGUUUGGGGUGAUAUUAUGGUCAAAGAGUACCUGAACAUGGACGAUGAGGUCGUUACCCUCUGA